AUGGCCUUGCCGGAGAUCCCCGACGAGCUCCUGGUGGAAAUCCUCCUCCGCUUCCCCACCGCAGCCGACCUCAUCCGCGCCUCGGCUGCCUGCGUCUCCUUCCGCCGCCUAAUCGCCGACCGCUCCUUCCCCCGGCGCUUCCGCAAGCUCCACCCCCCGCCGCUCCUCGGCUUCCUCGACCCCGAGCGGCACCGCUUCCACCCCGCCGUCCCGCCUCACCCCUCCGCGCCCGCGGCCAGGGCCGUCGCCAGCGCCGCCGACUUCUCCUUCGGCUUCCUCCCCUCCCCGUCCCGGCGCUGGUUCGUGCGGGAAGUCCGUGACGGCCGCGUGCUCCUCGACAGACCCCGCCGCCUCUACGCCGGUGAGGUGUUCGGACCUCUCUUCAAGGAAAUGGCUGUGUGCGACCCCUUGCACCGGCAGUACCUCUUGCUUCCUCGGAUCCCCGAUGACCUAGCCGCUUCUGUCGUGGGCGCACAAGGGUCGUGCUAUGCCGACUCAUUCCUCGUCCCUUCCGGCUACGACGACGAGGAGGAAGCAGCUGCUACGGAGGAGCCAUCAUUCAGGGUGAUCUGGAUGGUGCUGCUCCAAAACAAGCCGGUGAUCGCUGUCUUCUCUUCCGGCACAGGGCAAUGGCGAACCGUCCCAUCACCGACUUGGAGCGAGAUGUCACCUGGCUUCGUGUUAUCGACACUGUUUAUCUUCAUGAGGCGCCAUUACGCCCAUGGCUGUUUCUACUGGAUUUCAGGCUCCACUGAAAAAUUGCUGGUGCUUGACAUCCGCAGGAUGGAGCUGUCCGUGGCUGACCACCCGCCCUGUGAAAGAAAUCCGGCUGAUGAUGUGACCAUCCUGGAGGCAGGGCAAGGCACAACUCUGCUGUUUGUGCUUAAGCGCAGCACGUCUCCCGUUACUUAUACUGUUUGGCGAAACAAUGGUGGGAGCUCCACCCAGUGGCAGAUGGACAAGACAUUCUCGCUGGAUUCUGGGUCCUUGCUCACAGGUGCAGUGGGGAGGCACUUGCUCCUAUAUCAUGGCGGAAGCUCAGUCAAGCGAGGUUGUUCCACGCAGGACGUUGACACAUUCCAGCUUGACAGGGUGUGUGCCACAUUUCCCAAACCGUCACACGCAUAUUGCAACCUCCCGCCGUCGUUAUUAUCAUCACCGACAGUGUCAAGUGGCACACCCCAGGGAGCGGGGGACACUGUGCCGGUGCCUGAAGCAGGAGAAGCUGGCCCUGGAGGUGUGCAACGACCCGUCCUCUCAUCUGCCGCCCAAGCCCUUAACCCCUUGCUCGACAACAAUGGCGCGGAGGCGGGUCGUGGUGGGGCCAGAAGGAGGCGCUGGGGCUGGGGCUGGGGCUGGGCCUGCGGAGUCUGCAGGGGCCGGGUAGCCGAGCUGCGAGGAGACGAGGGACCGGAGUAG